AUGUUCAGAUACGUAUUCUGGAUUACUAGUCUUCUAAAGGGUGCACUGGAUUUCAUACUCCAGAAAACUUCGUUAUCGUCAUCAUCUGUGCCGGAAACUAGCGACCAGGAACUAAUAAGCAGAGUAGAGUAUUCGGAGUCUGGGGAAUCGGUGGAGUGUCCGGUCUGUUUGUGUCAGAUUGUAGGAGGAGAAGAGAUCGGAGAACUACGAUGCGGCCAUCUGUUUCACGGGGUCUGCAUGGACAGAUGGCUCUCGUUUAAGCACUCCACGUGCCCGCUUUGCCGGGAUUGUUUGGUUCCGAGUACAACUUUCACCCCGUACGGAGCUCAAGUGAUUCUGUUCAAGUUUUACUCGUUUGGUCCCGGAGACGGUGAUACUGAUACUGACACGUGGUGGUUGCGGUGA